GACACGGACCAGCGGAGAGUAGCAGCAGUCUCCUGUCGUCAGCCUGAAAUUAUGUCUGGCCUACUGGACAUGCUGUGUGUUAGAAUAAAAGUGGGAGCUGUGUGUUUCGGCUCCAACCAAAACAUCCAAAGCAUUUUCAUACCAUUCUUCACAAGCAUAUCUGCAGGAAAGCUAGAUUAGCAUGACUCCACUCCCCUUUCUGAUCCUCCUGCUAUCGAUUUGUUUCUGCAAAUCCGAUGACCGCCUAACACCUGCAAAGCCACUCUUACCUGGCGACAAGCUCGUCUCCAACGGCGGCGUCUUUGCUCUUGGUUUCUUCUCCCUCGACAACUCCACUGCAAACCCAUAUGUAGGCAUAUGGUACCAUAACAUCGCGGAGCGGACAUAUGUGUGGGUCGCCAACCGCGACAACCCCAUCGGCAACGGUUUGUCUGGGAACUUGGUUCUGACCAAUACCCCUGGCCUUGUCUUGUCAGAUUCCAAAGGCCGUAUACUUUGGACAACGGCAAACAACGUCACCAACGGGUCUGAUGGAGCCGUGGCGCUGCUGCUCGACACAGGGAACUUUAUUGUCCAGUCACCGAACUUCACACAGAUAUGGCAAAGCUUUGACCAACCGACCGACACCCUCCUCCCCGGUUGCAAGUUGUGGGCGAACUACAAGACCCACACCACAGUUCGUAUUGUUGCUUGGAAAGGUUCUGAAGACCCGUCCUCAGGGAAAUUCUCCCUCACUGGUGACCCUAGCACGGGCUUCCAGAUCCUUGUGUGGCGUGAGACAAGCCUGUACUGGCGCAAUGGGCUAUGGAACGGCGCGACAGCCUCAGACAAGAACGGAUACAUGUGGUCCGAGGUCGUCGAUGAUGGGGAGGUUAUCUACACAACGUACAACAUGGACAACAACACCCGGAGAUCACACAUGAAGCUGGACUACACGGGCGACUUGUUGCUUAGGAUUUGGAUUAAUCAGUCAUGGCUGGUUUUGUUCCGGCUCCCAGGAGAUGGCUGCCGCCAUUACGGCUCAUGUGGGCCGUUUGGUUACUGCGACAGCACGACGUCCACCCUGAAAUGCAGAUGCCUUGACGGGUUUGAGCCGGCGGAUGGCUUCAGUGCCAACUUCUCCAGAGGAUGCGUGAGAAAGGAGGCGCUGAGAUGCCAUGGCGACCAAUUCUUGACCUUACCAGGGAUGAGGGUGCCUGACAAGUUUGUUUAUGUGAGGAACAGAAGCUUUAAGGAGUGCACUGCUGAGUGUGAUCGCAACUGCUCCUGCACCGCAUAUGCUUAUUUGAACUUGAGCACUAUCCUCGCGACGGGUGGCCCAUCAAGAUGCUUGGUCUGGACAGGGGAGCUUGUUGACUUAGAGAAGACUGGCCCAAUUGGUGCCAGUGUGUACCUUCGGCUUGCUGGCUCUCCUGGACACAGUUCUACAGUAAACCACAAGAGCAGUAUCGGUGUGGUAUUAAAGAUUGUACUCUCGGUUAUAUCAUUCCUACUGAUACUCACAUGCAUAUAUCUUCUGCUCAUAUGCAAGCCAAAAGGGACACAAGUAAAUAAGGAAACCCUGAUAAGAUCGGUCCUUGGACACUUGAGCACUUCGCAAGAAGUUUGGGAUCAAAAUUUGGAAUUCCGAUCUAUUAGGCUCGAAGACAUCGCCACUGCAACAAACAAUUUCCAUGACACAAACAUACUUGGAAAAGGAGGUUUUGGAAAAGUCUAUAAGGGAACACUGGAAACCGGAAAGGAAGUUGCUGUUAAAAGGCUUAGCCAUGGUUCUGAGCAAGGCAUAGAGCAUUUUAGAAAUGAAGUGGUUCUUAUAGCCAAGUUGCAGCACAAGAAUCUAGUUAGACUUCUUGGAUGCUGUAUUCAUGAGGAUGAGAAGCUACUUAUUUAUGAAUACUUGCCUAACAAAAGCCUAGACAAGUUUAUUUUUGAUUUUGCAAGCAAGUCUAUUCUUGAUUGGCCAAGAAGGUUCAACAUAAUCAAAGGGGUAGCUAGAGGACUUCUAUAUCUCCACCAAGAUUCGAGAACGACGAUAAUCCAUAGGGACCUCAAACCGAGCAACAUCCUGCUAGAUGCAGAGAUGACCCCGAAAAUAUCAGAUUUUGGCAUGGCAAGGAUCUUUGGAGGCAACGAGCAACAAGAAAGUACCAAACGAGUUGUUGGGACGUACGGGUACAUGUCGCCUGAGUAUGCGAUGGAGGGUAUUUUUUCCGUGAAGUCCGACACCUACAGCUUUGGUAUUUUGGUACUGGAGAUUGUGAGUGGAUUAAAGAUCAGCUCACCACAUCAUCUUGUGAUGGACUUCCUAAACCUCAUAUCCUGUGCAUGGAACUUGUGGGCAGAUGGAAAAACAAAGUAUUUCGUGGAUGCAUCUAUUUCGGGGAGCUAUUCGCUUGAUGAAGUGUCGAAGUGCAUCCAUGUUGGGCUCCUGUGUGUGCAGGACAGCUCCAGUGCUAGGCCGCUCAUGUCGUCGGUCGUGUCCAUGCUGGACAGUGAAGCCAUGCCACACGCGAUUCCAAAGCAACCUAUGUAUUUUGCACAGAUAAAUCCCGAAACCAAGGAUGCGAGAGAAGUCUUGGAAAAGUCAGUCAAUGGCGCGAGCAUUACGGCGAUAGAAGGGCGCUAGCCGGUGGUGUCCUUUUUUCAGUAUCCAUAAAAAAAAGGCUUACGAGCUGUUGCCCAUGCAAAUUCGAAGUUCUUAGGAUGAGAAAACAAGUGCAGUCUUGCCCGACUUGCGCAUGUCCGACUGAUGGUGGACAUGUAAUUUUAUUGGUUCGGUUCUUGAUCUGCAAAUCCACAGAAACCAGGAGGAAUGUUGAAUGAUCAACUGAGACGACCUGUGGUCCUGUGUCAUUUGUAGCUUUGGAACUUUCUGAUAAUUGUAUUCAGUGUAUCCCCGUUUUUCUAUGCA